AUGAUUGUUUUAACAGAAAAUCCAUUAGAAAAAACUAAUAACUGUACGUAUUCAAGCAACAAAGUAUUAAUUAAAAGAAAAAGUAAUACACAAUUAAAAGUUAUAGCGAAUAGAAUUACACCAUAUUUUAAAGGAAUAAUAAAGACGCGAAGAUUCAUAAAACUCGUUGAUAAGACAGGACCCAAAUAUUUAUACUCAAAAAAUAAUAUAAAUAAUAAUAUCGAAAAAGAAAAGAAAAUUAAAAACCGUUCAGAUGAUAUAAAAAAAAAGAAUUUAAAUAAAUUAGAUAAAAUAUUAAAGAUUAACAAGAAUAAGCAAAAUAAAGUUAUAACUAAUCGAGUUCAUUAUUAUAAUACUACCUCAAAAGAUUCAUAUAUUACAAAUUUGCAACAUCAAGAAAAUUCUGAACUUGUUGUUCAUGUUAAAGAUAAGAAAAAGAGAAUUUCUAAUAAUAAGAUAAAGUGUAAAAAAGAUUUAUUUAAUAUAAGAGAAAUCACAUUAGACAAUCUUAAAGAUAUAAAUAAUACAACAAAAUACUUUCAUGAUUUACAUAAAUUAAAUAAUAAAAAUCUACAACCAAAGGUAAAAAAAAAUAUAUGUAAUAAUAUAUAUGAUAUAUAUAAUAAUCAUAUUAAUAAUAAUAAACAUAAUGCUCAAAAUUAUUAUACAUUAUAUGAUACUAAUAAAAAUGUAAAUAAUAUACAUUAUGUUGAUAGUAUUACAAACAGUCAAUCAUUAAAAUUAUAUCCUUCAAUUAAUAAUAAUGAAUAUGUUAGUAUAAAAAGAGAUGUAUCCAAAAAAUCUUCUUUGCAUAUUUAUAAUAAAAGAACCUUAACAAGUAAUAGUUUAAUAGAUUCUAUUAUAAACUUAUCAAACGAACUUAAUAAAUCAACUAUAGAAAAAAAAAUUUUGAAUCCUGAUUAUGAAUAUGAUAAAAAUGUACUACAUUAUGUAAAUAAAAUAUUAAACGAUAAUAAGUUCAAUUAUGAUAUUACUCCUUCGAAUGGGAAUAAAAAUGAUAUAGAAAAAUUAAAAUUUAAAAUAAAAAAGUAUAAUAAUAUUCCUAUUUUUUAUUUUAGAAAAUUAUUUAAACAUAUUACAGAACAAAAUAAUAGUAAUAGUAAUAAUAAUAAUAAUAAUAAUAAUAAAAGUAGUAGUAGGCAUACAAAUCAAUCCAAUAUAUAUGAUAUAUUUUAUGAUAGUGAUUGUAAUAUUACAUAUAAUCAUCUACUUCACACAAAUAGAAAUCAUAAUGAUGUAUAUAAAUAUAUACAUGAUGAAAACAAAGACAUCUACUUUAAUUCUUUUGUGUAUACUAAUUAUUAUUCUGAUAAUUAUUUUUCAGAUAGAACAAAAGUAAAAAAAAAUAAUAACAGAAAUCUAUUUCAUCAAAAUUUUAGAUCCUUUAUACCAAGAAAUUCAAUCAAAUCACAACGAAAUUGUAGUAUAGAUCGAGAUAAAAGAAAUAACCAAAAAAGUGAUUUAAAGUCUGAAUUAAAGAACAAACAAAUUGAUUUAUUUCAUUCUAAAGAAGUAAGUUCCUUUAAAAAAAAAAAUGAAUAUAUUAAUAGUGACAAUAUAGUUAAUAAUAAUGUAUCAUUUCAUAAUGAUAAACAUGAUCCAGCAUUAAAUAGUAAAAUAAAUAAUUCCUAUUAUCAUCUAAAUAAUUAUCAUCAUAUUAAAAGGAUUAGUAGUAAUAGCAACAUAAAUAUAUAUGAAAAAGAAAAAAAGAUAAAUAGUUCGUGUAUUCAUAAAAAUAGAAUAAACGAAUCAUGUAUAAAAAAAUUUUUAAAUGAUAAUUAUAAAUAUAUUCAUUGGGGUAAUUCUAAAUAUUAUAAUACAAAUAAUUCUUCACAAAAUAUUAAAACACGUUCCUCUAUAUUUGUAGAUUCUAAUAAUUUUAGUACAUCUAAAGAAAUUGUAACUAACAAAAAAUUAAAAGAUAUUUCACAUCCAAAUAAAGAGGUAAUUCUUAAAAGUAGGAAAGAAGAAAUAUAUAAAUAUAUAACAAAUAUUAAAAAUGAAAUAGAUGAAAAUGAUGUAAUGGAUAGUAAAUAUAAUAAGCAGUUGAUGGAUGAUCUAUAUAACUUUAACAAUGAUCAAAGUUUAAAAAAUUCAAAUAAUAAAUCUGUAGUAUCUAUUUUAGUAAAUUAUCCUAGUAGUAGUAUAAGCAACAGGGGUUCGUUUGAUGGUGUUAAUGGAAAUUAUCAUAAUAAAAAUAAUAAUUAUUAUUAUGGUAACAAUAAUUAUAAUAAUAAUAAUAAUAAAAAUAAUUGUUGUAGUAAUAGUGGUAGUAAUAGUAGUAGUAAUUGUAAUAAUAAUAAUAUUUAUAAUAAUAGUCAUAUUAAAGAUACCAGUAUCAAAAUGAAUGUAAAAGAAUGUAAUGAUCAUGUAAGAAAUAAUAUACAAAAUGAAAAUAGUAAUUAUAACUCAUUUAUUAGUAUAGAUGCCAAUUGUAGUUUUAAUUCAAAUAAUAUUAAACGAAAUGAUUCAUAUAUUAACAUUUCUGAAGAUGAUAAUUAUAAUAAUAGUGUAAUAAAUGAAAAUAAUAAUAAUGAUAGUUAUAUAGAUUUAAUUUCUUUACAGAAAAACGAUAAUACACAAAACCAAAGUUAUACAAGUGAUAUAAAAGGACAAAGAAAAUUUCAUAAAGACAGUAUUACUGAAAAAUUAGAAGAAAGAACUUCUGGAUUUGUUAUAAAUAAUAUUAAUGAAUUAAAAAGCUUAAGAUCAAGUAUUCAUUCUAUAUAUAGUAGUGUUGAAUUAAUUAAAACCCCUAUUGAAUCUAAUAUAGAAAAUAACCAUUUAAUAAACAAUCGUGAAAUUUUUACUUCGAAAGAUAUAAAAUCUUUAUGUAUUUUUAAACAAAGAAAUAAAAAGGUAAGAUCAUCAAAUAAUUCAUCUUUAUUAAUUGAUUUUAGAAACUCAUAUACGAAUGAUAUCAAUAUGUUAACAGAAAAUCAAAAGUUUAAUAAUGUAUUAUUGAAUAAAGAAAUUCAGAUGGAUGAAAAUCAGGAUCGUGAGUUUUCAAUUGAUGAUUGUUUAAUGAACUGCCUGAAACAUAAUGCAUCUAAUUUAAAAACCAAUGAAGAUUAUGAAAGAUAUUGUAAUGAAGACAAAAUAUUGAAUCCAGAUUAUAAGCCUUCAGAAUCUAGAAAACUUGGAGAAAAAUUUUUGCAAAAAAGUCAAAAGGAAUUAUAUUAUUCUUAUGCUAACAAUGGUUUUCAUUGUGACACAAAUUUAAAUAAUGCUGAAGUUGGUAACAGUUGUUUUAAAAAUGAUAAUGGAUAUAGUUCAUAUAAUGAUCCGAACAUGAACUAUCUUCAUAAUAUGAAAAUAAAUGUCUUCAAUAAUAAUAAUAGAGAUUUCAUGAAUAAUAAUAAUUUAAAUAGUAUUUAUAAUAAUAAUCAUAGUGUUAGUAGUAUAUAUAAGAAUAAUUAUAUAAAUUCUAUAAAUAAUGAAUACAUUACUAAUGAUAAAUUUAUUAAAUAUUAUGAAAAAUAUUCAAAUAAAGAUGUUGAUGAAAAUGAAGGAAAGAAAUUGAAUUACACAGAUUGUUAUGAUUUUAAAAAUUCCUUAUUAAAUGGAUUAAGUAGAGAUGAUAGUUUCUGUUCAGAUGAUGAUUUAAAAAAUGAUGAAAAUGAUAUGAAUUUUUUAAAAGAUUCUAUAAAUUCAUUUGAUAAUUUAGAAUCAACCGAAAAAAAAUAUGAAGAAAUUUUACGGGACUUUAAUGGAAAAAUUCCUUUACUUCAUAAAGUGUUAAAACCAUUACCAGCAAAAAAUCGAUCCAACAAUUUUGAUAUUUGUUUAUAUUUAUUACAAAAGCAUGGAGGAGACUUAAAUAAUGAAGAAAAUAUUUGCAUAUUAAGAGAUAAAGAAAUUGUAGAACAUAGUGCCAUAUAUGAUACUAAAAAAUGUUGUAUAAAAAGUAAUAUAACAAAUGUAACAAAUAUUAAGUUAUAUCAUCCCAAAUGGUAUAACAAGAAAAAGAUUAUUGAAAGAUUGAAAGAACAAAGUUGUUAUAAUCCUUUUACGAUUUUUGGAUCUGCACCAAGUUUAUUGGACUUUGAUGAAGUUUUUGACAAAGAUGUAUAUAAUAAAUUUGUUUCAAGAAAUAGUCGUAAAAAUCAUUCUUUAUUAAGAGUAUUAGCUAAACAAAAGGUUAUCAACAAUUUAAAUGAUAAAAUAACAGAUAAAGAAUGGCCUCAAGUACAUGCAUAUUUGAAAAAAAGAUGGAGUAAAGAAACUAAUAUCGAAUUAAAUUGGGCAUGUGAUCCCUUAUUAUAUGAAGAAUUAGAAUGGUAUUUAAGUACAAAUAAUGAAUAUCUUAAUAUGACAGAUAAAGUAGCAGACAUUGAAGUAUGUUAUUGCCCAACUUUAAACCCCAAUUCUUAUUAUGCAUGGAAUGAUUCAAGAGUUAUUUAUACAAAUUUGUGUUACAAUAAGUCGAAAGAAGAAGUUGACGCUAACAAUAACUCUGUUAAUAAAGGAAGAUAUAUGAUGAAUAAAAAUAUGGAACUAAAGAAUAAUGACAAACAAGUAUCCUUUAGAAAAAGAGCAAGUGGAUGCGAACACCUCAUGUUUCAACAAAAUAUAAUGAAACAGAAAAAUUUGUCGAAAAGAAAAAAGAAAUUAUUAAAAAAAAAAAAAAGAAUGUUAAAAGAAAAAAAUAAAUUACUAAACAAUAAUAAUAAUGAUAGUAGUAAUAAUAGAGGUGAGACAGAAAUAGAUGCUAAUGCUUAUUUCGAAACAUCAGAAAAUUAUGAAAAUAAUUCCAAAAAUAUGUAUCCACAUAAUAAUAAUAAUAAUUAUUCUGCAAAUGACAAUAAUCCAUAUUAUCCAAACAUUUUUAUAACAAAACGUAAAAAAAGUGUUUACUUUAAAAAAAAUAAUGACGAUGAUACUAUUCCAAUUAUGACCGUAAACACAUCUUUAUACAGAAAUAAUAUGGAUAAUAGAUAUAAUUGUAAUAAUACUGCAUAUGAUUAUAUUAAAAAUAAAGAUCAUACAAUAAAAUUUUUUGCCUCCCCUAAAAAAACAAAAAAAAAUUAUUCAUGUAAAAAAUCCGUUAACAAUUCGGAUUCUUUCUAUCUUUUGAAUUCAUCUAUGAUUAAUAAUGAUAAUAUUUACAAUAAUAAUUUUAAUAGUUUUGAUUCCAAAAAAUCAAUGGAUUGUAAUAACCCUUCAUCAUCAUCCAUUUAUAAUAAAAAUAUGUUCAUUGAAAAAGAUAACAUAAAAAAUAAAAAUGAAAUAGAUGCACGAAAUUAUUCUGGUAGGCAUAAAUUUACAUCUGAUAUAAAUAAUGAAGAAAAUGUAGGUGCAAAUAUAGAAAUGCAUGAAAAUAUUUUUAAAAAUAAUAUAUAUGAAACGAACAACAAUAAGUAUACUUACGAUGUGAAUAAAAAUUAUAAUAAAAUGAAUUUCAUCACACAAGAUGAUAAUAAUGAUGAAGAUAGUAAUAAUAAUUAUACAGAUGAUAAUAAUUCUAAUAGUGGUAUUCAUUUAAAGAAUAAAAAUGAUGGUAUGAAAUCUUUUGUUCAUAUGAAGCAGAAUCAAAAUAAUUAUGAAUAUAAUAUGAAAAAUAAAUAUAUAAAUAACAAUAAUUAUUAUAAUUCAGAUAAUAGCGUUGUAAAUAUGAGCAUAUAUAAGGAUAUACGAAUGGAUGAAAAAUAUAAGAACAACGGUAACAAUUAUAGAAAUGAUGAUUCAGAGAAUAAUCAUAAUUGUUAUGAUAACUAUAAAGGUUUUAAUAAUGAGACAAAAAAAGAAAGAUUCAAUACAAACAAUUUUGUUGAUAAUUAUUACCAAUUCAACCAAAUAAAAGUAGAAGAAUCUAACGAAUUUAAAAAUUUCAGAAAUAUGGAUGAAGAAUAUACAUAUGAAUCAGAUAACAACAGUAUAUUCAAGAAUAAAUUAUCAACUUUUACUUUCUCAGAGGAAGAUGAGAGUAAAAAAAAAUAUAAUAUUAAUGAAUUAAAAGAAAAAUAUGUAAAUAUAUAUAAAGAACAAAAUAUAAAUGAUAAUUAUACUACUAAUGUUUUUGAAAAUACUUUUGAUAAAAAUACAAAUAAUAAUAAUAAAUAUUUUACUAGUAAAACUAUGGGAAUAGAAUAUUUUCAAAAUAAAAAGUUAGAAAAUAUGUCUCAAAUGGGAAAUAAGAAAAAAAUAGAAAAUGUUACCAAUAUUAAUCUUGAAAAAAAUAAUGUUCCUAUAAAAAAAUCUGCAAAUGUUUUCCCACCACAAGAAGAUAUAUUCAAAUUAACGCAUAAAAACAUUGAUACAAAAAAUAUCGUAGAACAAAAAGUUAAGAGCAAUAAUAUACCAUCCAUAUAUUCAAAUAAAAAAAAUGAAACAGAUAAUUCUUUAAAUACAUUUAAUUCUAAAAGGUUAAGUAAUAGUAACAUUAGUGUUAACGAAAAUAGAAAAAUAAGAAAAUAUACAAAUAAAAUGUGUGAAGAAAAUGAUAAUAUGUCCUUUGAACCAUCUGAAAAUAUUAAAGAACAAAGUAAUAAAAAAGGAAGUAUCGAAACGUCUUCUAGUAGAACCAGUGAUACAUCUAUGUCUAGUGCCUUCAAAAUGGCUACUUCUGUUUUUAAAAAAUUAUUUUAA